UUUAAGACAUGGGACAGUCUUGCGUUCUUACUUCCUGUUGUUUGCAUGUGCAGUGUGAUUAUGUAUUGUGUAUGAGAAGGGUGAUUUGCCCGUUUUUGGGAAGGUCUAGUAUGACAAGUUGGCAAACUUGUUCUGACAAAACACUUAAUUUAAAGAAAUGAAACUACCUUUGAAACCUGCAUCUGAGUCAUGGUCAACAAUAGUUUUAUUUCUUUUUAUACGCAUUACACUGUUUAUUGGCAUGUGAGCAUACUGAGCAACAUUUAUGAAAAUUAGCAGUACAGUUUUUUUCACUUCAUUUGACUGCUGGCACUAAAACAGAGGACUGUUGAGUCGCGUGUAGACUAUUUGGGUGUUGCGUGUAUUUUGCUUGGGGUUUGGUCAUGGCUGUAAUGUAAGAAUAAAUCUUUAGUACGCUGUGUCCGCUUUUUACCUCAGGAGCUCUUUAAAUCAUAAAUCACAUUUAUGUGAUGGAACGGACCUGCUUCAGUGCUUUACUACUCACAUUAAGUCUCGUCACAUCACAAGGUCAUUUCAGUCAUCCUACUUUAUUAAGGAAUAAUAUUAUAAAUGGAGAAGAAACUCAACUGGUGUGCAAUACUACAGGAGGAUUUCCUGUUCCAAACAUUUACUGGCGAAUCAACCACACACAGUGCCCUCCAGAAACAAGAGUUACCACAUAUGUAAAUACUCUACCACAGUCUGGACUCUACAACAUCACCAGUGUCCUAUCCAUCAACAUUUCACCAGAUACCGCUGUAUCAUGUGUCAUAGAAAACAAACUGCUGAACGAAACUUUGACUGCAACAAACUAUGGUGUAAAGUCAAGUUUAGAAGAUGGACGGCAUUCAAAAUUUCUGUGGAUGUUUACCACUGUGAUGUGCGUGGUUGUAUUCCUACUGGUGGCUCUGUCUCUGUGUUUCCAGAGGAAACUGGACCGGGACAGAAAAAAACAUUACAGACGUAGAGAUGAUUCAUGCAGUGAGGAAACUGAGAUGAUCACCAUGAACAUGGAGCAGUGGGCUUCCCUUCCAGAGACUGAUGUAUAGCCUAUAGAAUAUACCGUAUAAUAUAGUGGAAUAAUAUAAGAUGGUCUGGGUGGAUGCCACGCACUUUUGUCCUGAUUUUUAAAGGGACACUCCACUUUUUUUGAAAAUAUGCUCAUUUUCCAGCUCCCCUGGAAUUAAACAUUUGAGUUUUACCGUUUUGGAAUCCAUUCAGCUGAUCUCCGGGUCUGGCGGUAUCAUUUUUAGCAUAGCUUAGCAUAAUCCAUUGAAUCUGAUUAGACCAUUAACAUUGCGCUAAAAAAUAACCAAAGAGUUUCGAUAUUUUUCCUAUUUAAAAUUUGACUCUUCUGUAGUCACAUCGUGUACUAAGACAGACAGAAAA